AUUCCGUGCGAACGGUUAUUGCAGAGCGUCUCGGGGCUAACCUAGUUUUGUCUCGGAACAGUUGUAUAUUUGUACCCGUGAUUAUUCGCCGAUAUUUACAAGUGCACGUUCAGUCGUGUCGACGAUUUGAAAAACUCACAUCGCCGUGACAAAAAUAAAUACACUAAAAAGUGACUCUCGAACAGUCUUCGAUCGUUUUGUGUUUGUUUUCCGUCGGUUUUUACCUUCGAAAAAGUACCGUGCUGUACUGCGUCUUCAAUACGUGAAGAAAACAACCUCCCUAUACCGACAGCAGCGUGUUCUGUCGAACUGUGCUUUCAAAGCAAGAAAAUUAAUCCCACAUUUAGAGACGUGUGCCGAGGAGCGACGAGACACAAAAGUUAUCAGGAAGCGGAUACAGAAAAAUUGAGUGACAGUAUGACUUGCCAAGGCCUGCAAUCUUUUUCAGCAGCAUCGAACGACAGUGGCCUGUACGCAUGGAAAGUUCAAGCGAAGGAUCUCCGUCGACAAUGGAAAAACAGCAACAAAAUAACUUGCGGCAUGCUGCCGACUUUGAGAGUCCUUGCGUCGCAAGGCUGUGAAAAUCAAGGGAGCAUAUGUUUCGUCCCUCUGGAAGACAAAAUGGAUUCGGGGAGCCACAUGCAAAUGACACUCCUGGAGGCUUAUUGUCGUGAAAGCGGGAUAGAAGUGAUAAGAAUAUCCGAAACGUCGUUAAGAUCCGCACUCGGGCCUGAGCAUAGUGAUUUAUCGUGCGUUCUCGUUUCCAAUGAUUCAUCAUUCUUUCUCGAAACACCGGAAUGACUGAGCGAUACCCAAGCUCACGAGUAAUCUUGAACGAAUUAUCAAACGUGAUAUGAGAAGAUAAUCAAAGAAAAAUCGAUCUCCCUUGCUGAACCGUCACGAAGGGGAGAGAGUAAAAACGUGAAAACGUUCAAUUGCGGAAGCUCACGAUUCAAUUGCGUAGCUUCGAUGCUGCAAAACUCAAACUAUUUUUCAUGGAAAUUGCACUAAAGCAAAAAGGGCGAAAAUUCUGCAGUUUUGAUGUUACAAAACUUCGUCAACAAUUCUUCAUGAAAAUUACUAAGUUUUCCAUAAUUCAGUCUCGAAGAGAAGAGAGAAAAAUUGUCGUUUUUUAAUAACGUAUCGUAAGGCAAAAAAAAACCAUCCUGGAAGUCCAAUAUAAAAAUGAUUGAAGACCGAAAGAACCUUCGAGGGACACGGAUUCGAGAGCUUUUUUCCAAGGAAUUGUCCCAUCGAUCGAGACAUCUUCCGACAGACUUUGAUUGAUUGCACACAAUGCUGACUGCCUUCAACUUUAUUGGAUUCCACAUCCGUCAAUAAAUUUGUGUUGAUACUGCGUCUCAUAUACGUUCCGAAAAAGUACAAAUUUUCAAUAUUCCAUAAGAAGUAUUCUGAAUACGUCGAAUAAAUAAUCUGUGCUUCGGUCGAAAUCCGAAUGGAUUUUCACAAAAUUUAUUUUUAUGUAUUGCUUUUUCGGAGACGUGCUAUUUUUCAUUAUGCGUAUAUAAAAAUAGGGUAAGAAAUUUUGAAAAUAAUAAAUACUCUUCAUCUAUUUUAUUUGUAAUUUUUGGAAAAUGUCGCAUUAUCAGAAAAUCAUUGAUUGGACCACGAAAAUAAAAAUUGUAUUACUACA